ACCAAUCAGGUACGCCGACCGAAAUGACUAUUUGUUGCCGGUCACUGUAUUGCUAGUGGUGCAAGACACAUAUAAAGGGACAACUUUGUUGCUAACAGACAGUUUACGAAUAUAUGUAAACGAACUGUCACUUAGGAUUGCAGCAGUGUGGAAUCAACCAUAUUUCGAUCACUUUAAUUACCGAAGGGAGACAACGGAAGAGCCAGAUGCCACAGUGAAGCUAAAAUGGAGGAGAGAGAGAACUUCUACUCGUCUACGGGUAGUUACUCGUCCACGCCCGGCGUUGCUUUGACUCCACCGGGAUUGGAAGCAAUUUAUUCAGCAUGUCGGAGACUUUACCCUACUCAGCCGAACCCUUUGCAGGUCACAGCUUUAGUGAAAUAUUGGCUGGGUGGGCCAGACCCCCUGGAUUAUAUUAGCAUGUACGCCAACCCUGGCGACCUCGGCAGGCAUAUUCCUCCCCACUGGCAUUAUAUCAGUUUCGGGCUUUCCGAUCUCCAUGGCGACGGCAGAGUACACGAGACAACUAACAACGAGGGUCCGAGUGGGUAUGGCUUUGAGCUGACGUUCCGACUGAGACGAGAACCAGAAGAAACCAACCCCCCUACCUGGCCUGCUGCCCUGAUGCAAUCCCUCGCUAGAUACGUCUUUCAGUCAGAAAAUGUAUUAUGUAGUGGUGACCACGUGUCGUGGCACACGCCUCUUGACGGCAGCGAGUCCAGGAUUCAGCACAUGCUAAUGACGGAGGAUGCUCAGCUGCAACCAAUCACAACUCCCUUUGGGGUGGUCAACUUUGUCCAGAUUGUUGGUGUGUGUGGAGAGGAGUUGAAGGCGGCACAACACUGGAACGGACCAGGAGUUAUCGAGCUACUGCGAUCUAAAGCUGUUGCUGGUGGUGCUUGGCUAGUGACUGACAUGAGGCGAGGCGAGACCAUUUUUGAGAUCGAACCAUCGCUGCAGGAAACAGUGGAUCAUGGGAUCGAGACCGAGGGGUCUAACUUGAGUGGUGUCAGCAGUCGGUGCUCGUGGGAGGAGCCAGGCGACCCCGAUGCUCACAGUAACUAUAACGAUGACGAUAAGGAGAACCGAUUGGUGGAGAUCGAUCGCCGUGGCAGUGGGGACGUGGACAGGAGGAUCAUCACCGACUACGAAUCUGAACAAAUAAAAGCGACUUUGAAGAAGGGCCUGAGUAACUCACGGUCCAACGUCCCAUCACAUGGCGGCAAAGAUGAUGAGUAUGAUCACAGGAAUCAGAACUCAUCCCGGAAAGAGUCCUUUGAUAGCACAGUGAGUUCUGAAGGUCCAACAGAACUGAUCCGGACACGGACUCUUGAUGCUGUCCAUCUCAAGUUUAACCUGGAAGCUGGCUCCCUCCUACCACUUGCUCUCAGGGGCAGGUUAAAACACGGCCGCCACUUCACCUUCAAGAGCGUCCUCAACGACGUUGCCAUCACCCUAGUCUCCCCCAGUGUUGUUGGCUCCAUCGCUGAUGAGGAACAUCCCUACGCUGCACACGGCACAUGGCUACAGGUUUUGAUUUCUGACGACUUCAUUAGCGACAUGUGCCAUGACAUAGAAGAAUUAGCCUGCCCUGAUGAGAUGAUGUGCCCAAAGACGUUCAGUUGGCCUGAGAAAAAACUCUGUAUCACAAUCCUGCCUGAUGAGAUUUAGCCCUUCACAUGAUUCAGUGAUGGUGACAAUUAUUCUACUGUGGCAUUCAUAUCAUGGCCAAUAAGCCAUGUGUCUACCAAAGGUUCAUGACGAAGGGCUCUGACAGCCUUAAAAGGCCUUGAAGCAACUAAUGUGAUGAAGAGUCAUCACAAGGGAGAUCACUCUAAACUUGGUCAUCUUCAGGGGAGACAACUCUUGACAAAAUAUUUCAAGAGCAGAUAACUCUUUGACAUCGCUUGAUGUCCAGUAUAGACAUUGGAAGGGAGAUAACUCUUAUGCUCGUUAUCCCAUUUACUGUGUGCUAUUGGAAAUAUUUUAGUGACUGAAAACUUGUCACUUACAGAAGGGACAAAGUGAUGAUUGGCAGAUGCAACACCUUCAACGCUUUGCACUUGGAAAGAAGCUGUGUGUUGUAAUUUGGGGAUACUGUUACACUGUAAAUGUCAGUGUGCUUGUUGGAGCAAAGACUUGAUAUACGAGUCCAGUGGGAAAUACACAGAAAACAGAUUUCUGGCCAUUGCAUUUUCAAAUAAGUCUUAUUUUUCACAGAUUAUAUCCCAUCUUACAAGUCAUCUAUAACAAUUGUUAUGAUUUUGUUUCCUCAUAUUGUUAAGUUAUGUGUUAUAGUGCAUACAGACUGUAACACCAUGUCACUUAGGACAGGUAGAUAUAUAUAUUUAUCAUCAUUUGUAUGGUAGUAAUUCAUUAGAAUUUUAUCCCAUGUGCAACACAGUAUGUAUAUUGUACAUUCAUUUCCACAAGGGAUAAUGCCUAUGUAUGUUAUAAGAUAUACUACUCAAAACAAAUUAAAGGCCGCCCUAUUCUUUCAUAUUACUAUAGUAAAUCUGUUAUGCCAUGACGGAUUAACUGUAGCAAUAUGAGAGAAUCAGGUGGUCUUUAGCUUCUUUUGAGGAGUAUAGAACGUCAUAUAAUCGUGGCAUAUUGUCCAUCGGUAACUUGCUAAAUAAGAGGUAGAACAUGGUCACCAAGUGGACAAGUCAGUGUGAUGAAUUCUUUAUCUUUUUAUGUGUAUUUGUUGAUUCAGUGCUACUUUGUAAUAUUUUACAUCAUUUGUUUACAUAUGGGGAUGUGGUGGCAAGAUGAGCAGGAAUACCCAGAUUUAUUACCUCCCUUUGCAAACUCCUUCACAGUGCGUGACACUUUCAGUACCCUGCAAGGAUCAUCGCUGCCAUCAAUGUGGAAGCGACCAUUACAAGAAUAGUGAAAUAUCUCCUAACCCCAAAUUAUGAAAUGUAGUGACAUUCAUAUUUGUGGUAUGUCUGUGGGAUUGUCGUUUUUGUCAUUUGAGGAAAGGUUUAUGACUUAUUUACUCUUGCCCAGAUGAAUUUAAUCAGAUUGGUUUGAGAUCGCAGAUGAACGGAAAAGCAUCCAACUUCUUCCUUAAGUGGAAAUUCAAAUUGACAAAUAACAAACUAAUUUAACUGGGAUAGGAGUAUUUGGCAUCACAUCAUUUGUUUGUAAACAUAACAGCCAGUCCGUUGAGAGUUAAACUCUAUGCAUGGUUGUGGCAUCCUGGAACAGUGGUCAGCUGUGACUGGUUGGAGCGAUAGUAAUGAGAGCUGAGCAAACCAGAUUUUGCUGUAAGGAGCUUGGCUUGAUCAGGAGUUCUGAGGAACUGAUACAGAUAAGAUUUUCCUAACAACAUCUGAUGAUGAGUCUGAGGCUUCUACUAGGAUGCACAGAUUGUCAAGAAUAUCCAGGACAGAAAGCGUACAGAUAACACUACUGUAGUUUCCAGCUAGGAGCUUUUGGUUUGCAAAACAUACAGGACCAGAGGGAGGACCCAGGGAGUUGCAAUUUACUAAGCAGAGUUGCAUCCCUUGGUCAUGCCAGGAUCAACCGAUUGUUGGUUCACAUCAUAGAUUCACCUUGAUUACUGUCUUUUGUUUGUUGGCAACACACCCAUGUAGGUUUCACCAAAGUAUUAAACGACUAAGAUCUGGGUUACUGCUGGUUGUCCUGUCACAGUUUGUACAAAAGCCAUGAGGCAUGAUAUAAUGAAAUAUUGUUUAAAUUGGUGUUAAACCCAACUCACUCACUCAAGCCCGUAGGGAAAUGAACAAUCAAAUGUUUGUGAGAAGGGAACUUGAGACUGAUCGAAUAUGCUACUCAAAAGAAGUUAGGGAACACCCAAUUCGUUCAUUCUACUAUGGUUAUCUGAUGUGACAGAUUAACUAUAGUAAUAUGAACAAAUCUUGUGUCCUGUAUCAACCUCUUUGGAGUAGUGUAUGUUACAAGAUUUUGAUUGGAUGAGAGUCACGUCUCUGUUCUAUCAUUGGUCAAAGGAUCAAAGCAAUCUGUGUCAUUGUUUCAUUACAAGUUAUUUAAUUGCUUAUUAAAUGCAACUUUGUUCAGGUCUGUGUAGGUAUGUCUGUUAUGCUCUACUUAAUGUUGCUUGCUGUUAUGAUUGAAUUUAUUUUGUAUUCUUGUAAGUUUGAUUCAUUUACUGCCAAGUUAAACACCAUGUAUCACCAUCACCCUAUACAGGUUAAGUGAAGAUCUGAAAAAUAGUUGUGGGGAAUGCACAGAUAACAAAGGCCGCCCCUUAAAGAUUAUGUUUCUGGUAUUUUUCAACCCCCUACGACUGGUUGUUUGUUUACCAGAUUUUUUAAUAAAGGGCAGGUAACUCUAAUCUGCUUCCCCCAAAACGAAAGUACAAACUCACUAAAUACACAAUGCCGCUCCAGUCCGUGCAGGUUGUGUGUGGGGGAAGAUUUUGCAUCCUUUUGGGCUUGUCAAGUGCAGUUUAGACAUCACACUACUGAACGUUAAUGAAUUGCCAAAAAAAGGGCAUUUUAUUAGCAGAGACAACAGUUUCUCCUCCAAAUGUUAAAGGGCAACCACCCUCCAACUUGGAAAGUAUUGAAAUAUGGAUGGGUUUUUUUCUUUGCGGAUUCAAAAUUUGCUCAUUAUGGACUAUAAUCGAGUAUUGUUGCCCUUGAGCCAUGCAUGUCAGCAGAUCUUAAUAAAUAGAAGGGGGAAAAAAGCAAAAACAAAAAAUGCUGCAUCAUCAAAGCAAAGGACCAGAAACAUAAUUCUUUUCUUUUUCGGCCUAAUGCACCUUUAUUUUAUCAACAGUCAGAUUGUUUUAUAAACAAUCAUAUUUCUCAUUGGUUUAUUAUAAAAAAUACCACUUGUUUCUUCAGCAGUUUGGAACUUAGAUCUUUCAUUCAAUUUGAAAUAAGGCAUUUACAGAGAUUAAUGUAUCUUUGUGUUGUUCAAGUCUUGAUGUUAUCAAAAACUUGUUGGUGUUUUUGAAUGAACAGGGAUAUUUCCUGCAUUGUCCUGGCCUUCAUUUGAGUGAUUGUUGUUUUUGGUUGAAGCAUAAGUCAAUGUGUUACCAUGGAUCUUACAGAGUAAUCUAUUUCUGAUUUGCAUUGUUUUUAUGUUUUAUGAGUCCUUUUUCAUACAUUGAAUACAAAUUCCCCAAUAUGACAUAUAUUUCUAAAACGUAAAGGUUUCAAAGAUAGAACAUGUUGGGGAAACAUUUAAGAGAAUUUUUGAAAAAAUAUAUGAUAUAGAAGGUAAAACAAGGUAUCAUCCUCAGGAGCGGUCUGAUUUUUAGCUGUCUGUGCAAUGCUUUUAUUUGUUAGGCUUAAUAAAAUAAAAGAAUGGGUUCUCAGAAAUGGUUUUUUAAAAUACAUGUAUAGUGUGGGCGGGCAGUGUCUUUUUUUUGGUUGUUCAAACUAGUAUGUAACCAAAUAAACAGUUGUGUACCACCAACCUGGGAAAGGGCCUCCCUACAUAAAUGUAUUCCUUGAUGAGUAAAAUAGUGGAAUACAGUAUUUGACUACUGUUGGAUUUGGAAUAUUUAAGUAUUUUUAUUUUUUUUCAAAAACGAAACAUGCGGCGGAAUUUGUGAGGAAGCGGGCGGUGCCUGAGAUAUUUUUCAUAGCUGAUGAGGAUGAGGAAAAGUUAACGAAGGAUGCCAUUCCAAAGUGGCUUAUUGUCCUUCAAGACUUAUGAGUUUUUCUCCAUGUUGAGGCCGAGUGUUUAGUUUCAUUAAAUUGAAGUUGGCCUUUUUAUUUUUACUAGUUGUUUUAAAAAUAUUGGUCCAAAAUUUGAUGUAGGUGGUCGAAAAAAGAUCAUAAUAAUGCUACUAAUGAAUGAAAAACAACAUGGCAAGAUACCAAAGUUUUUUUGGGUAGAAUAUAGAUUUUUAUAUGUUUUAUUUACCGGUACCAUUUCUCAUGAACAACUGUGGGUGUCUCUUGUGGGUUUGUUUCAUUUCACUAAUAAUAUCAGGCCAAAACACUUUGGUCCAAUGUCAUUUUUCUUUCUUUUAUUGCGUUUUAUUUUUUUGGUUGGUCUGUCUCGUAAACCAACUAAAAAAACCAUAAGACCUUAUUGCAAACUCGUUUAACAUGUCUUGUAUUAUUGUUGACUCUUAGAUUAUUUUGUGGCAUAAUAUAUAGUUCAUUAAGCCCAGACUUAUUUUUGUUUUUGGUUUACAGGUUUUCGGCCCAAAACCUCAGGUCGGUAGGUCGAAAAAAUGCAUUAAACAAUUCCAAUUUCAAAUGUAAUUUUUGAUAAUUUUUUUAACAUUUUCCUUAUUUCUGGUAGGCAGAAUAAAAAACUCUGCUUUUCAUUUUAUUUUAUUUUUAACAUAUCAUUUUUCAAUUGUUUUGCGGAUUCGUAAACUAAGUUUUAGAAAGUGUCUGGCCUAAGUCCUCAUGUCCAUACAGACCAUCAGUAUUGUUAACACUUUCAUUACAAAACAUCAAAAACAUGACAACCUACACAUUGUACCCUAUAGUAUCCAUAGUAAGCUUUCAACCAUAGUGAAUAUAAUCCAACAAUCCAUUGGUUGAAUAAACUGUAUUAUUUACUAUCUCAUUAGAGCCAAACUUGUACAUUGUAACAGCUUUUGGCGGUCUACAGUGUUUAGUUCAUGCUUUGUCGUCCAUAUUGUGGUUAUGUGGGGUAAGGCUGAAGCGAGAUAGAAAUUGAUGGGACUGGGGGGUGGGGAUUAAAGGGUGGACUGUGGGAGGUAAAUGGGAUUGAGGAGAGAGAAUUGUAUGAAUCAAGGGUGGGUUAUUGGACUUCUGGGGAAGGGGGUUGUAGUGUAGGGGGCUUGUGAGUGGGAUGUCUGAUGGGGUGGAUUCUUGGGCAAAUAUGACAUUAUAUACUCACAGAAAUGAAUGUGUGUGUAUGUAUACAAGUAUGUCAGAAUAAAUGUCCUUGAAGUA